AUGGAAAACUGGGAGAGAACACACUUCUGCGGUUUUAAGCCUCCCCGUCUGUGGGCUCUUUGUUACGGCCGCCCUAGGACACUGACUCACACGUCCGCCUCCAGGCCUGUGCUGGGGUCCCUUCACGGCUCCCACCCGCCACGCACACCGACCUUAGUGCCACUUGGCCGUGUCUACCUGGAUGCUCCUCGGGCCCCGCAGCUCAGCUUCCCUGCAGCAGGACCUGGUCGUGCUCCCGUGGUGGCCCCGGGCUCCUGGAGCAGGUGCUCCAAGCAGAAACCUGGGCGUCACCCGGAAUCCUUCCUUCUCUCGACCCUCCACCCAGCCUGGUCACCAAGCCCUGGGGAUUGUAAAGGAGCUCUGUUCUGUCUCCAUCUCCAUGGUCAGUCUCUCCUUCUUGCCUGGUCGACUCGUAGAGGCCCUAAAGUUCUCCUGUCCUGUGCAGACCUACCUCCUCUAAGCCGCUCUCCACCUGGUGGGCAGAAUGUUGCUAAAGACUCUAGUUCCCACCAAGUCAGGCUCCUGCUUAAUUCUCAGAGCCCCAGCCCCUUGGCCCAUCUUCAAAGAAGGACCCGAAUCCUUGCCGCGGCCUGGAGGCCUGGCCUGAGCUGGCCCUGCCUCAUCUCAUGCCGCUCUGCCCACGCUCCCCGCUGGCAGGCACCACACCCCUCUCAUCUGCCAGUGCUCCCUGCGCACCCCUUAUCCGUGCAGGGCCUUUGUCCAUGCAGUUUCCUCCACCUGGCGUACCUUCCCCCACCCCCCCUUUUCCUCUGGUCAAUUGCUAUCUCAUCCUUGAGAUGCCACCUCCUCCGGGAGGCCUUCCUGCACCCCAGACAAGACCAGGCCUUCCUGACCUUCGCGUCCUGCGUCCCUGCUUUUCCCCUGCAGCACCUGUCACUGUGCUGAUGGCAGGGCCGUGUGCACCUGCUGGAGACUGCCGUAUGCCAGGAGGGCAGAGGACAGGUGUGCCUGUCUCCUGCAACCCCUGCCCGGCACCGUCAGCACCGCAGCCUCCCCUCUGGCCCCUCCAGCAACCCCUCUCCACUGGCACCAGAGUGGUUUGGCUGAGGUGCCAGCCCGAUCGCGCGGUGCCUUGCACCACAUUCCCUCGUGGAGCCCAAGGGCCACUGAGUGGCUGAAUGAACAUCUGAGUCACGAAGGAAUCUACGCAGGAGAAAAAUGUGCGAUUUCGAGGCAGCGAUCAAGACAAUAAAUGAAAUACCCCACAGCGUGUCAGCAGUGCCGCUGACCUCUCCGCAGCAGCUGCUUCUGUCGUUGUCAUUUUGUUUUGAUUGUUUGUGUCGAGGCCUGGUUUGCAAAUACUAAAGUGCAGGAAACUUCAGGGUGGAGUUGGGCGCGUUGUUCCACAUGUAGCAGCCAGGGAACCAGCACCCAGACCCAGAUGUGGGGUAUUACAGGCCCUCCCGCCGUGGGCGCCCUCUCAGCCCCUGCCCCACCCCAGAGGCAACCACUGUUCUGGCCCCUAUCACCCCCAGAGUUUUGUCUGUUCUUGAGUUUCACAAAACGGAGCAGGCUUCUCUGCCUGGCCUCCUUCAUUCCACCCCUGUCUGGGAGAUUCAGCACGUUGGGGCUGUGUGUGUGUUGUGGGGGGAGGGGCGGUUUGUUCUUUUUCGUUGCUGUGUAGUAUUCCACUGUACAGAGCUGUCACUGCUUGUUUGUCUGUGUCUGGCAUCUUACAAAGGACAAAGGUGGAACCUAGAGGCAUUUACUAGCAUGUCUGUGGUCACACAUUUAAUAAACUGUGAUGCUGGAAACAGUUUUCUGUCCAAACUUGUGUUUAUUCCUUA